AGCGUUGACCAAGAAGUCUCUUUCAAAAUCUUCAAGUAAGACAGACACAAGUCAACAAGCUGAACCAGUCGUGGAGAUAAUAAUAGGAGAGAAUUCGACAUUGGCAGAAGGAGAAUACAUGACCAAGAGGACAGGUAAAAGCGGAGACAGUCUGAUCAUUGGAUCAUAUUCACCCCCUCUUGACGAUGAUUAUUUAACAAGAUUUCAUUAUGUGUGUGAACUAGCGAAUGAGAAUGGACUUUACAAUGAGAAAAUUGAACCGGAGAUCUACAAACGGACAUCAGAUAGCUACGAAAUGACGGGAGCUGAAGAGAAACAAAAGCAAGAUCUAUCUGAGAAUUUUAUACGUAUCAAGAUGGAAAUAUGGAAAUGCUCUAAAUCCCAGAUUAGACGAACUCAUUAUUUUUUCUACUUUAUAAGGAAUGAAUUUAUCAGCUUCAAGGAGAUCCGUGAUAUAAAGUACGUCGCGGGAGUGGAAGUUUCACUAAUAGAUUACUCAUCUGAUGUGAGAAGAGUUAAGGUGGUCGAGACUAAGUACUACUAUCGCAAGGACCAUACGGUUCAUUCGGACGUGCAUGUAAAAGCCUCGGCACUGAAUUUCGAGUUACGACUCCAAGUGCGUGAUCGACAGACCACUUAUCCAAGACCAGGAUUUGCGUUCGAAGUAAAAUCGCCAGACGUCAGUCGUCGGAAGUCAGACGUCAGUCGUCGGAAGUCAGACGUCAGUCGUCGGGAGUCAGACGUCAGUCGUCGGGAGUCAGACGUCAGUCGUCAGUCCGUCAGGAGUCAGGAGUCGUCAGGAUUCCUUUUCUUGAGACUGGGCCCUUCUGCAACCCCGAAUACGGACAUCAUCACGGCUGAAUGUGAACCUAUACAAGGAAUGAACCCGGCGCUACGUAGGCCAGAGGUGUUCAAAGUAUUCAAUUCGAGCAAACAGGGUUCGGCACCAAACGAGGAUCAAAAUAUCUACGCCAGACUGAGUGACAAAGAAUUCGACGACCAUUUCAUCAUAACCAAAAGGAAGUUCUGGAAGUGUAGGCCUACACCAACUACUACUACUACUACUAGUAAAAGUACUAGUAAGGGCAAGACCAGUGAGUCUGAGCCUAUCUCCUUUCACCGUGUGAUGCAUGAGGUGGUUGGUAGAAUACCAGUUAAUCUGGUCAUCCCUGGAUUUGGCAUUGAAGAAAUCGUAGCGGUACAGAUACCCAAUCAAGAGGCAAAGACAGUCCUCUUCACAAUAGUUGACCAUUUCUACAUGCAUGACUUGAGCCGAAUAACCAAAGCUGUCACUCCGAUAUUCAAGAAACAAGAGCGACUAACUGCAAUCAUAAAAUCGUCGUCAGAUUCAAAAGAAAUAAUGUGA